UUCUCUUUUUGGGGAAAAAAGUCGAACUUACAAAGAAAAAUGUGGUAUGUUUUCCCAUUGAAAAUCAAGACUCCCCUUUUAUAGUCAACGAUGUCUGUCUGUUUCUCCAUACGACUUCUAUUUCUUGUUUGGUUUCUGAGCUAUUAGCACAUCAGUGUAAUCAAUGGGGAAUUGCUUCGGAUGGAAGGCUGCUGACGCUAACACUGGCACCACAGUUCCCCAGAGCUCUUCAUGCUGGCCUUUCGCUCCAGGGGCAUUGACAAGCUGCAGUGUAGGCUCUACUGCAUUUUGGGCAAUGAGCAGAAUUGCUGGCUAUAUAAGGCUUUCAGCAGCAGAGAGUGAAGACACAAAUAAUGCCAGUGGAGAGAUUUUGCCUAAACCAAAUUUGAAGGUUUACAGUUUGGCUGAUUUGAAAGUGGCCACUGGGAAUUUCAAGUCUGACGUGGUCCUGGGGAUAGGAGGUUUUGGGACAGUGUUCAAAGGAUGGGUUGAUGAAAACACACUUGCACCAUCUAAACUUGGCACUGGAAUGGUUGUUGCUAUCAAAAAAUUGAACCCUCAAAGUACACAAGGAUUUGAGGAGUGGCAGGUACUGCAAUACACAUUUUGCUCAUUCCUUAUCCCGAAAGGUUAAUUCCCCAACCCCAAAGGC